CUGGCCAUGCGGCUGCCGGACCGGAGGCCUGGGCUGGGGCCCGCGCCACCCCCCGCGCGCCGCCCCCGCUGAGCCCGCGCCCGCCCGGGCGCCGCAGGCACCAUGGUGCAGAAGUCGCGCAACGGUGGCGUGUACCCCGGCACCAGCGGGGAGAAGAAGCUCAAGGUGGGCUUCGUGGGGCUGGACCCCGGCGCGCCCGACUCCACGCGCGACGGCGCGCUGCUCAUCGCGGGCUCCGAGGCCCCCAAGCGCGGAAGCGUCUUGAGCAAACCGCGGGCGGGCGGCGCGGGAGCCGGGAAGCCCCCGAAGCGAAACGCCUUCUACCGCAAGCUGCAGAAUUUCCUCUACAACGUGCUGGAGAGGCCCCGCGGCUGGGCGUUCAUCUACCACGCCUACGUGUUCCUCUUAGUCUUCUCCUGCCUUGUGCUUUCCGUGUUUUCCACCAUCAAGGAGUACGAGAAGAGCUCCGAGGGGGCCCUCUACAUCUUGGAAAUCGUGACCAUUGUGGUGUUCGGUGUCGAGUACUUUGUGAGGAUCUGGGCUGCGGGCUGCUGCUGCCGGUAUCGCGGCUGGAGGGGCAGGCUCAAGUUUGCCAGGAAGCCAUUCUGUGUGAUUGAUAUCAUGGUGCUGAUAGCCUCCAUUGCUGUGCUGGCUGCUGGCUCCCAGGGCAAUGUCUUCGCCACGUCUGCGCUUCGGAGCUUGCGGUUUCUGCAAAUCUUACGGAUGAUCCGUAUGGACCGGAGGGGUGGCACCUGGAAGCUGCUGGGAUCAGUGGUCUAUGCUCACAGCAAGGAGCUGGUGACUGCCUGGUACAUUGGCUUCCUCUGCCUCAUCCUGGCCUCAUUUCUGGUGUACUUGGCAGAGAAGGGUGAGAAUGACCACUUUGACACCUAUGCAGAUGCACUCUGGUGGGGACUGAUCACCCUGACGACCAUUGGCUACGGGGACAAGUACCCUCAGACCUGGAAUGGGAGGCUGUUGGCAGCGACGUUUACCCUCAUUGGUGUCUCAUUCUUCGCUCUUCCCGCAGGCAUUUUGGGAUCCGGCUUUGCCCUGAAAGUCCAAGAGCAGCAUCGGCAAAAACACUUUGAGAAGCGGCGGAACCCUGCAGCAGGUCUGAUCCAGUCUGCCUGGAGAUUCUACGCUACUAACCUCUCACGCACCGACCUGCACUCCACGUGGCAGUACUACGAACGCACGGUCACUGUGCCCAUGUACAGCUCACAAACUCAAACCUAUGGGGCCUCCAGACUCAUCCCACCUCUGAACCAGCUAGAGCUGCUGAGGAAUCUCAAGAGCAAAUCUGGACUCACCUUCAGGAAGGAGCCACAACCGGAGCCAUCACCAAGUCAGAAGGUCAGUUUGAAAGAUCGUGUCUUCUCCAGCCCCCGAGGCGUAGCUGCCAAGGGGAAGGGGUCUCCCCAGGCCCAGACGGUCCGGAGGUCCCCCAGUGCUGAUCAGAGCCUGGACGACAGCCCGAGCAAGGUGCCCAAGAGCUGGAGCUUUGGUGAUCGAAGCCGUGCCCGCCAGGCCUUCCGCAUCAAGGGUGCUGCUUCCCGGCAGAACUCAGAAGAAGCAAGCCUCCCUGGGGAGGAUAUCGUGGAGGACAACAAGAGCUGUAACUGCGAGUUUGUGACCGAGGAUCUUACCCCUGGCCUCAAAGUCAGCAUCAGAGCUGUGUGCGUUAUGCGGUUCUUGGUAUCUAAGCGAAAGUUCAAAGAGAGCCUGCGCCCAUAUGACGUGAUGGAUGUCAUUGAACAAUACUCCGCUGGACACUUGGACAUGUUGUCCCGCAUCAAGAGCCUGCAGUCCAGGAUAGAUAUGAUUGUGGGCCCCCCACCCCCUUCAACUCCCCGGCACAAGAAGUACCCUACCAAAGGACCCACGGCCCCUUCGAGAGAGUCACCCCAGUACUCACCUAGAGUGGACCAGAUUGUGGGGCGGGGCCCAACAAUAACGGACAAGGACCGCACCAAAGGACCGGCAGAGACGGAGCUGCCCGAAGACCCCAGCAUGAUGGGACGGCUUGGGAAGGUGGAGAAACAGGUCUUGUCCAUGGAAAAGAAGCUAGACUUUCUGGUGAGCAUCUACACACAGAGAAUGGGCAUCCCGCCAGCAGAGACAGAGGCCUAUUUUGGGGCCAAGGAGCCUGAGCCGGCACCACCCUACCACAGCCCAGAGGACAGCCGCGAACAUGCAGACAAGCACGGCUGUAUCAUUAAGAUUGUCCGCUCCACCAGCUCUACGGGCCAGAGGAACUACGCGGCACCCCCAGCCAUGCCCCCUGCCCAGUGUCCUCCAUCCACCUCAUGGCAGCAGAGCCACCAGCGCCACGGCACCUCCCCUGUGGGAGACCAUGGCUCACUGGUACGCAUCCCGCCACCCCCGGUACAUGAGCGGUCUCUGUCUGCCUAUAGUGGGGGCAACAGGGCCAGUACCGAGUUCCUGAGGCUGGAGGGCGCCCCGUCCUGCAGGCCCUCUGAGGCUGCCCUGCGGGAUAGCGACACGUCCAUCUCCAUCCCAUCAGUGGACCAUGAGGAGCUGGAGCGCUCCUUCAGUGGCUUCAGUAUCUCCCAGUCCAAGGAGAACCUGGAUGCCCUGGGCAGCUGUUAUGCGGCUGUGGCGCCGUGCGCCAAGGUCAGGCCCUACAUCGCAGAGGGGGAGUCUGACACAGACUCAGACCUCUGCACACCAUGCGGGCCCCCUCCACGCUCUGCCACUGGUGAGGGCCCCUUUGGAGAUGUGGGUUGGGCAGGGCCCAGGAAGUGAGACUGGGCUCCUGGGCCCCAUGCCACACCCACUCUGGUUCCUGGUUUGGAGCUGGCGUUCCAUUCCAGGGCCUUUCCUAAAGCGACAGAAUGACAUAGAGAUGUGUGGUUUGGGAGGAUGCUCGUGGUUCUGGCGCUCAGGGUUCAUGUGGAGUGGAGAUGAGGCAGGACUCCUUGGCACAUAUGGUAAUACUUUACAGAAGUUCUUUUCCAACCAGGAGGGGGAGGUUGAGGCCGGGCCCUGGAGGCCCCAGGAGCCACCUACGACAGCAAAGCUAGCCCUGCCUAGUCUUCUUGGGGGAACAGCUAUUGCCCUGUGAGUGAGGAGGGACAGAGCAAUGUUGGCACCUGUGAGUCGGGGUGUGGCUGGGAGCAAGGACAUGGGAGGUAAUGGUGAAGCAGACCUGUCUACUUCUGAUGGCCAGUCCUAAGGCUCAUGGGUCUCUCAGUUUAGGCUGUAAGCACAGGAGAUGUAGUAGGUCCCUGGAAAUGGCCCACUCUUACACCUGACUACUUAUCCCUCGGGUCCCGACUGUCCCAGUAAAGCAUUACCAGGCCCCCUGUUUGUGUGUGGCUGGGUAAUGCCUCUCAUCCCUGGGGCACCUAGUUGCAGAGCUGCCGGCCAGCAUCUUCCUCCCUCUCCCAGGUUAUGUGGCUCUUUCCGUGGAAGCCACCCUUUGAUCAGGAUUCUUUUCCUGUAGCUGAAGAAGGAGUGAGGCCUUAGAGACCAACCUGGAGCUUAGAAUUGAUCUGUGGAUUCUCCUGGCUUCCACCUCUUGAGGGAGGACCCAACUCAGUGUUUUCUGAAAGGGUUUCAUUGGCAGGUUCUGGCUGCCUCGUCCCUGGCACUGUAGCCCAGGAGGUAUGAGUGGGCACUUCAUAGCCUCUGCUCUUUCCUGGUGUGGCCAGCACUUCAAGAGAACCACCUGGUAAAUAGACCAGCACUGCCCUUAGCCAGGGCACCCCCUUACCUUCUGCUGCCUACUUGACUCUACAGAUUCAGGCAGGGCUGAACGACAAGGCAUCAUCAAACUGCCAGCUCUUUCUACAUGAGAGCAUGGCCUCUGAGCCUGGUCAAGGAUCCUUCCCACAGGAGCUGGCCACCCACAGUCCUUUACCCACUGAUGGGUCCCUUGGCUGUGGCCUCUGGGUGUUUGGGGAAUUGGGAACACCUUGUCUCCUACUCUGGUGAGGAAUAACCUCUGUCCUCUGGUAUGAGUGGGCAUCUUGGACCACCUGGUAGCCAGCUUUAGAGGGAGACAGUGUAGAUGUUGUGGUCUCACAACAUCUGGUCCAGAGGUUCCUGCAUUGGGUGACAGCAUUUUGGGGUGGGGUUCUCAGACCCUCUGAAACAUCAGCUUUCCUGAUCACUGAGGGCAAGUACUGUAGAGCUUGAGCCUGGGCAGAACUCUAUGUACUUCUCCCACCUCUUAAAAAGUGUGCUCUGGCAGGGGCAGAGGCAGCUUGAGUGGGGGUUAUAUGCUCAGCAGAAGACCCCCAGUCCCUGAGGAGAGCUUGAGAUCAUGUGUUUGUCAGUGAUCUGGGCAUUAGGGAGCCAUGUUUGCUGUCUGUUGUGGCUACAUGUCCUCCAAGUCAGGGCCACUAGGAUCUCACUUCAGGGUGCCUUUGCUAGGCUCCUAGCUGGGCAUGGCAGGAGAUGUAGACAGGAAGAAUAGCUAUACCUUCACUAGCUCUUCUCUUGGAGAGAUGAGCCUGAGUCUGAGCCCUCCCCCUCUGUGUCAGGACAGGAAGACUCUAGAACAGAGGGACAAGACCAUCUAACCCCGAACAAACCAGCAGCCAGAGUUCUCCUUCCCUAGACCUGGGCAGGCCAUAACUGUCUCAGCUCUGGGAGAUGUGGGAGAGAGGUUUGCAUUCGUCCUACAUGCUCCAUACAGUGUGCCCUGCUUCUUGAGUGGCCCAGCAUCCUGUCCCCAGAGCUGCCAUCCAUACAAGAGCCUGGGGUACCCUGAACUAGGGUUUUGUGGAAUGACGAGGGUGGACAGACACCCCAUUCCCAGCAACCGUGGCCACAAAGAAUUUAUCAGAAGCCCUUUUUCAGGUUACAGCAAGAGGGAGAUGGGAAGGCCAUGGCCUGCUCUUCCAGUGAGCACUGGUCAAGACUGCAGUUUUGGCUGCUUAGAGGAAGGAAGUGUAUCUUACGGGGUGACAUGGAAGCCCUGAUGUGAGAGGUGACUGAGUCCUUGCUUGGGGGACCCAGAUCCAGCAACAAAUGUCUACUGCCUUGGCAUCCCCACUCUCAGGGAAGCAGGACAGGAUGGAGGCUGAAGGCUCUAUUCACAUGUGACCAAGUGUGGCUGAAGUGGCUCAAGGCCAGCAGCUGCCCCAUGGCAAAAUUUCCCUCAGAAAACAUUUGUGGUCCCAACACACUCCCUCACAUGCCCACCAGCAACAUGCCCAUACACUGGGCACAUGUGUACAUUCACAUAUGCACACACAAAAGCUUACAGAUUAUGCUUUCAAUGAACACACAAGUAUACACACACACACACAAGUGUACAUACAACAGGUCUACUUUCAAACAUGAAUUCCUUGUUAUACACGUGCACACAAAAGCUCACACAUAGUUUUCCAGACCACAUGUAAUAGGUGUAUGUACCUAUGCACAUGAACACACAUAGGAACUUAGAGGCUCCAUCAUAUUAAUUCCGUAUAUGCAUAUACAGCAGGUAUCCACUUUUAUACUGAAUAUUCACAUAGAUGUGUAACCUGUAUGUAUAAUGUAUGCACACACGUAGGCUUUUCUCUCUCUCUCCACACACACACACACACACACACACACACACACACACACACACACACCUUUUUCUUUUUGGCUCUUCCUGAUGGAAACUGCCUGGGGACGGUGUCACAAGAAUUAAUGACGAAUGUUCUAAAAUGUUGAGCCUGACUGCGGUGGGAGUUCUGGAUGUUUAGGUUUUCUGGGCAUCAAUGGUAGAGAGUUUACCUGAAGCCCACUGAAUUCCCACACUGCCCUCUCCCUGGACUAAAUGGUGGCUGUCUGCAGGUAACAAGAGAGGCUGUGGCUAGGUCAGAGCGAGGGCAGCCCUAGUGCCUACUGAGGUCCAGAUCAGUCUUGCUAUUGGCCAUUCCACAGUCCCCUCUUAUACACAUGCCUGCUUCAUCAUGCCAGGCUGUGAUUGGUGUUUUUUGGCAUCUUCCUUUCUUGUCCCUUUCAAUUGUGGCCUCCAGAUAGUGCACUCUUGUCUACCAGGGCCAGGACACCUGGGGUGAGGGCCCAUCUGCUGUCUUCCCUGUGGUCUGGGCAGACCAAGUGUCCAUUUGAGGCUAUAAGCUAGCUCUUAGUUAUGCUUUCACUUUUAGGGGGCCUCACUUGAAAUCCCCAUUGAGAAGCUGAGGGGUCACUGAACACUGCAUGAACCUCCUUGGAGGAGGCUUUCUAAGCUGUAGUUUCCUCAGUUACUAGACAUAGGGGAUAGAGAUCCAGGGCCAUCUUCCAUGUUUAAUGCACUGGUUUAAGGUUCUCUCUCCCCUUGAGUUGAUGGCUCCAGUUCAGAAUGUGAAAAGGGGGGCCACCAUGCCUUCUGCCACCCUAUUGGGUUUAUCCUGUAUCAGGGGCACUGUGAAGAACACCCUUACUUUUUAUGGAAAGAGCUGGGCCCAGAGAUGUCUUCAGACCUUCCCCCAGACAUGGGACAGGAAUGCCUUUCUGAAACACUGGAGUGUGGGUCUUUCAGCCCUCUGGCUGUAAGCAGUGUAGAGGAGAGGCUAAGACACCAUGGCUCACACCCCAAUAUCAGCAGGCAACACUUAAGUCUUUCUCUUUGAAAUAAACAUGGAAAACAUGA